AUGCUCAGCUUCGCUCAGACCCUCACCUGCCUCUCUCUCCUGGCACUGACCGUGUCACGAGCGGUGCCAGGCUCAGAAACUCAUCCUGUCAAGCGAACAUUCUGCGCACUCAUCGGCUGCGAUGUUAAUCAAUACUGCACAGAAUUCGGUUGCGUAACCUGUGACGCUGGUUCGUCUCCCGUACAGGAGGGAGGUCUCCUCUGCUCCCCAUGGUUUGAUCUGGGCUCUGCGCCAUCUUCCACUACUCAGCAAUCCUCCUCGCCAACCUCUGGCUGGAGCUGGAAAAAGUCCACGGUGGACGAGCGUACCUUCUUCUGCACUGGAUACUGCCAAUCGUGUCCGGCUGGAACCUACUCGUCUGACGGGUCACCUUGUCAACAAUGUCCUUGGGGUGAAACCUCUCAGCAAGGAGCAAGCUCUUGCUACCCUAUUCCCAGUAGCAACUCGCCCUCCCCCUCGUCUACUUCUUCUACAAUGUCACCCAUCACAUCUACGACAAGCGAAGGCCCCCGCCCGACCCGAUCAUCCUCACACAUGGUCACUCCGACUAGCAGGAGCUCUUCUUCCAGCACUCCGUCGCCCAGCACUACCUCGACCAAGACUAUCCACUCGUCGGCCGCCUCGUCGUCUGCGAAAUCCACGAACAAAACUUCUACUGUGGUCGUGCUUUCCUCUUCUACCAAGUCUAUCCAGUCCAGUGCUAUUUCGACCAAGUCUGACCAGUCGUCUACUCAUUCCAGCAAGCCAGCACAAUCAUCGAUGCCCUCCAAGUCUCUCCAGCCAUCGUCUGCUUCCUCCGCCGCGCCUAGUCAGUCCUCUAUCCCAUGCGGGGGUGGCAAGGUAGAGAGCGGCAAGUGUGUCUGCCCCGGCUGCUCGACCUUGAUCAACGGACAGUGCACAUGCCCCUGGGGACAAGAGCUCUGGAAUGGUCAAUGUGUCUGCCCGUCUGGACAGCACCUUAAAAAUGGUCAAUGCUGUAACUAGUUUGAUGGAAUGAAGUGAUUUCGUAGAAAGAUCUUUAGCCCUCACGUAAUUGCUGUCCCCUUUGCAUCCCAUUCUGUC